AUGUCUUCGAGCCAGCCCACCGCUGCCACCACCGCCGCCUCCGAGACGCCGCCAGCCUCCUCCGCCGCCGCGCGAAUCGCCGCCGCCCUCCACGGGCGCCGCGGCGCCUCGGCAGAUGUCGCCGGCGCCGCCCCCUCCUCUCGCGAGCAAGAGCUUUCGACGGCCAUCCGCGACCUCGCCACCGUCGUCCGGGGCAUCCGCCCCCCCUACCCGGCCAGGGCGCGCCUGCUCCACCCCCGGCCUCACCGCCGCCGCCGCCGUGGGCGUCCUGGCAGCCGGUCCCCGGCCACGGGCCCCGCCUCGCUGCCCCGGGGUGUGCCCAUCCAGCGGGUCCGGUUCCCGCCGUCGCCCUCCCGACUCCCGGCGUGGGUGACCGCGACGGAGCCCCCGCCCGUCUACUCGGCCGCACCGGCGCCGUCCCCUGUCUACACCACCGCCGGGGACCCUCCGCGCCCGUCCUUCCCGGACCCGCCGCCCGCCCGCUUCGCCGAGCCUUCCGCUGGUCGCGCGGCGUACCCCGCCCAGGGCGCCACCGGCCUCGCUCCCCCACGCUACGCCAAGCUGGAAUUCGCCACGUACGAUGGCGUCGAGGACCCCCUCAACUGUCUCAACCAGUGCGAGCAGUUCUUCCGGGGACAGCGUACCCUAGCUUCGGACCGGACGUGGCUCGCCUCGUACCACCUCCGCGGCGCCGCCCGGACGUGGUACUACUCCCUGGAGCAGGACGUGGGUGGCAUGCCUCCAUGGGACCGGUUCCGGGAGCUCUGCCUUCUCCGCUUCGGCCCUCCAAUCCGCGGCAGCCGCUUGGCGGAACUUGGGCGUUUGGCGUUCACCACCACGGUGCAGGACUUCGCCGACCGCUUCCAGGCUCUCGCAUGCCAUGCGCCCGGCGUGACGGGUCAACAGCGCGCCGAGCUCUUCAUUGGCGGCCUCCCGGACCACAUCCGCGUGGAUGUCGAGCUACAGGCCCCGCGGGACCUCCGGACGGCGAUGCACUACGCGCGCUUAUGA